AUGCUUUGUUGUGUCUCAACGCCGACGCCCCAGCCAAUCGGACCUUCCGGGACUUUCGAGCCAACCGGGCCUGACUUACUUUUUGGCACGUUAACACGACGGCCUGAAGAUGGCAUUCUUGUGCAAAUAGACCGUCGAAAAGGGGGCAAGACGAAUCCCACGACUGCAGCCCCAUCCGCCCACCCCCUUUCAACAGCUUCAAUCCCAAAUAACUCUGCUCCCUCGCGGACUGGACAAAGUCGCAAACGCAAAAGCGACUUGUGCACCGCCGCCAUCUGUCGACAAGGCCUCCGGGGUUCGAGACCCCGUGCGUCUCGUUACGCGACUGUUACGCAGCCAGCCCAGACCCUGGCAACCGGUGAUCGGUUCGCAUGUCCACAAGAGUACAACUGA